GCGACACGCUUGCAGAGAUCUAGUGAGAGGGACAGAUCUACAGAGAGGGAGGGAGAGAGAGGGGUAGAGGGAGAUCACCAAUCACCAUGGUGGUGGCGCUGGGACCCGGCCGGUUCUACGGCAGCAGCCUCCCGCGACCGCGCUUCUUCCCCGGCGACCGCGUCGACCCGCCGGUGUCCGUCACCGACCCGCUCCUCGCCUGGGCGCAGGAGGCGCACUGGUCCAUGGGCGGCCUCGGCGUCAAGCGCCUCCACCUCCAGGGCCGGAUCGAGGGGUCCAUCGACAAGCUCCGCCGCCGCGCGCGCCGGGAUGCCAGGGCCAAGGCCCGCGCCGCCGGCCACAAGCCCGCGUCGCUCGCGGCCCUCGGCUCCGACGACGACGCCAGCGACGGCGACUCCGACGAGGAGGCGGCGGCGGUCCAGGAGCGGAUCCUGAAGCGGGAGGUCGUGGACGACGACGAGGACUCUGACGGGUCCGACCAGUCGGAGGAAGAGGAGGAGGAGGAGGGCGACGACGAGCCCCUCGCGAACAUCGCUACGGCUGCCAAGAAGAAGCGCGCCAGAAAGCUCAGCGACGAGUUCGACCGCAUCGCCGCGCAGCAGCAGCUGGAGAAGAAGCAGAAGGCCGUGGCCGCGGCGCCGGCGAGGACGUCCCCGAGGAGGCAGGCUUCCGCGCCAGCGGCAAAGGCGCCGGCGAGGGCGUCGCCAAGGAGGAAGGCUGCCGCGUCCGCACCGGUGGCUGGGGCAAGGAGGACCUCGCCGAGGAACAAGCACUGAGCGGUGGUCGCUGUAUGUGCUACUCUGGUUCCUGAUCUGUUAGGUCUUGUCGAUCAUGUAGGUUGGUAGUCUUGGAAAUGCAAUGUGUGAUUGUGUGGCUAGUGUUGGAAUUUGGAUGUUGGAAAGCUAUUCCUUAUUCUAAAUGGCGUUGGAUGUUGGAAUGAUGAAAUGGAAUGGAUGAUGAUUAUAUCUGGAUUAACCCUGGAAUACAUAGUGGCUGUCUUGAUUUCCCAA